AGAGGAGGAAGCAGAAGUAAUUGGGAGAAGGCAAGAACAAGAUGGCGAAGCGAGUCGGAAGCAGGAAAAAGGACGACGAGUCUGCAUUGACUCGGACUGUCAACUCGGUCUUUAGCUUCUUCAGAUUCGCCGAGUUUGAAAUUCUGUUCGUGCUCUUCUUCGUUAUCGCCUUCAUCAUUUUCAAAGAUCUCACGUCGCGGCCGGAAUAUAGUCAGAUUCUCGUAAAGAAGCCUGACGGAGGUGGUUUUUGGCCUUACUAGCUGGAGAUCGCAAGAUUGGAUAAACAGUUUUUGGUGUUGACUAUGUGCUUCUAUUUUUGUUAGUGGAAACAGAAUUCGUUGCUGUCCAUGUACUUUCUUAUUGAAUGUAAUUAAUAUGUGAUUAUGCUUCUCCCCAACAAUGUAAUCUCUCUCUUUAAUCAUAAGAUCAUAAUAUUAUCUUUUAUCUUAACUAUAAUAUUAACAAGUUCGGA